AUGAAGAUGAUUAUGUUAGGUUCCUUGAUGCUUUGGUUUGAUGAUGAUGAUAAUCAAAUAAGUAUCUACAUUGAUGACCAUCAUGAACCCUUAUUAGAUUGGAUUGAAGAAGAAAAAGCUGAAGAAUGGGAUAGUGGUACUGAAACAUAUGAAGAUGAUGUGGACUCGGUAUUAUCGGAUGAUCUAUCGGUGGACCAUGAAGCUGAUGAUGAGGACAUUCAAUGGCCUGAAGUUGUUGAUCCUUUUUUGUCACAGAAGAACCUUAUUCCACAAAGAGGCAUAAAGGAAGAAGCUGGUGGUAAGGUAAAAAAAAAACAUCCUAUUCACGAUCCAAACCAAAAAUGGGACACUAUGAUGCCUGAGUUAGGUAUGAAAUUCUCUGAUCGAGAUGAACUGAAACAUAUGUUAACAAAUUAUGCUGUGUCUAAGGGUUAUUCAUUAUGGUAUGAAAAAAAUGAGGCAAAAGCAUUGUUAGUAAGGUGCAGUAAAAAUGAAAAAGGGAAGCCAUCUUGCCCUUUUAGACUAUGGGCUAGUCCCAUGAACAAGGAAAAUUCAUUCCAGAUCAAGUCACUAAUUGAUAAACAUAAUUGUGCUAGACAACAAAAAUUGGGUUGUCUUGUUACGUAUAAGUGGAUUGGAAAAAUGUUAAUACCUGACAUUUUGGAAAGGCCUAAGUUUAGCUAUAGGAAAAUGGCAGAAGUGGUUAGGAAAGACUAUGGUCUCAAGGUAAGUCUUGGGCAGUGUAGAAAUGCCAAGUACUUUGCACUAGAUGAGAUUUCAGGCAAUUUGGUAAGCCAUUAUGAGAAACUGUGGAAUUAUGGUGCUGAGUUAUUGAGGGUUAAUCCUGGGUCAACAGUCUUGAUCGAGACAAAUCAUACGCCUGAUGCUACACACUACUUCAAAAGGAUGUAUAUUUGCCUGAAGUCUAUCAAGGAUGGCUGGAUUGAAGGAUGUAGAAGGGUUAUCGGUGUUGAUGGCUGUUUUUUGAAGGGUAUUUGCAGAGGUGAGUUGUUAACAGCCGUUGGUAGGGACGCAAACAACCAAAUGUAUCCUCUAGCAUGGGCUGUUGUGCCAGUUGAAAACAAGGAAACUUGGAUGUGGUUCAUUGAUCUUCUACUUGAGGACAUUGAGAUGGGAGAUGGUAGGGGUCUUACAAUUAUUUCAGACCAACACAAGGGUUUAAUGGAGGCUGUUAAGGAAAGGGCACCAUCAUGUGAGCAUAGGAAUUGUGCCCGACACAUCUAUGCCAACUUUAAGAAGAAGGGGUUCACGGGUGUUGAGUUUAGGAGAGCAUUCUUUGAACCUCAGACUUGUUGUGAUGCGGUGGAAAACGGUAUAUCUGAAUCUUUCAAUGCAACAAUUGUAGAGGCCCGGAAGAAACCAAUAAUAACAAUGCUGGAAGAAAUCAGAUUGUACGUGAUGGAGAGGAUGUACAAUCAAAAGAUUAAGGGGCAUAAGUGGGACAUGGAAAUCUGCCCCUCUAUUAGAAAGAGGAUUGAGAAGAUGAAAGAAGAACAAAGGUACUGGGAUGUUAUUCCAAGUGGCGAGGAAGAAUAUGAAGUGAAAUUAGCCCAUGAAGUUUACGCUGUUCACCUUGAAAGCAAAACUUGUGGUUGCAGAGCCUGGUAUCCAGUCAAACCAAUAAAUGGAGCUAACAUGUGGCCUGAUGUUCUAUUUGAUCCCAUAUUACCACCUCGGCCUAGGAGAAUGCCAGGAAGGCCCAAAGUAAACAGAAUGAAAUGUCCUAGAGAAAAUGAAGGAAAGCAUAAAAUUAACAAGACAGGGAUGUCCAUCUCAAGAUGUAGUAAUUGUCAUCAAGAAGGACACAACAAGAGGCGAUGUCCAUUGCUCAAAGAAGCAAAUAAAGCAACUGUUAGUGAAGGGGAUGUUGAAGAAGGGAUUAGUCAAGAUGGGAUUAGUGAAGAUGGGGUCAAUGAAGAUAGGGUCAAGGAAGAUGGGGUUAGUGAAGAUGGAAUUGGUGAAGAAGAGGCUGUUGAAGAAGGCGAUAUUGAAGACCACCAGGAGGAUGAAAUUGAACAACAAGAGGAUGAGAUUGACCAUCAAGAAAAUCAUCACCAUCAGCAUCAACCUGUUUUUUUUCAGCAUUUUGUUGCGAACAAAAGGCGAUUACCUUCUGAGAGGAUCACGAAACUGAAGUUAAGGAAGAAGGUGGUAACAAAAGAUGGAAGUGGGGAAAGUACUGAAAAUCCAGUUACUAUAAACUAG